CAGCAGAUGUAGGGAGGGGAGUGAGUGUAAAAGGCAAAGAGAGGAGGGGGAUGGUGAAUACCAGAUUGUACCUCUGAGAGGGGAGCAUCUGUCACUCUCCAUCUUGCUCUCAGUCCUAGCCCAACCACUCCUGGUUCUGCUGCAUCUCACACUCCCAGGCUUGGAUACGUCUAGCAGGUAGUAAUAACAAUGGGGGCAAAAUUGAGUAAGAAGAAGAAGGGAUAUUGCCUUGGUGCUGGAAAAGAUGGAGAGUCUACAGAAACAACAGAGGUUGAACAAAAAGAAACGGAGACUCAGAUGGGACAAAAAGAUGCAGCAGAACCAAAUGGAGAAAAUGCCCUUACUGAUCAAACUCCAAAUGGUGGUGCAAGUGAGGAACAAAAAUCCAAUGCAGGGAAAAACAGCAUGGAGGUUUCCUCUGAUAAAACUACCAAAGACGAUCUAAAUAAAGACCAAAAGUCUGAAAGCAAACCUAGUGCUGAGCAAACAAAAGUAGAAGAGUCAAAUCAAGAGCAAGACAAACCUGAGCAUGCCAAGAGUUCAAAUAUAUCUCAGACGGUACCAGAAGCUGAAAAAGAAGUUAAGAGUCAACCUGAAGAACAAAAAACUGAUCAUAACAAGGAUAAAGAGUCUAUUGUUAAAGAUGAACCUACUCAGGAAUGCAAGUCUAUAACAGAACAAGAAAGUUCAGGGUCUAAACAGUCAAACAAAUCAGUUACUGAACCCUUAGCUCCAGUACCAGAUCAGAAAGAAGAGGCAGCAAAGCCAGCACCUGAUCCAGAGACUAAGGUGACUGUAGAAAAGAUGGAGAAAGAACAAACAUCGCUGCCAACAACAGAACCCCUUUCAGAGCAAGUAACAAAAGAAGCAACACCGGUAACAGAUGAUGUGAAAGAGCCAGAAAAAGUAAAUGAGAAAACAGAACAAGUAGUCUUGGAAACUCCUACAGUGGCUCCUCUAUUGCAGGAGCCAGAUUCUGCACCAGAAGUUGAGGUAGCAGAGUCUGAACCUGCCAGUAAUGUGGUUGAACCAGAGACUGAAGUCUCCUCCUUGUCUGAAACUCAACCAAUCACAGAGUUGGCAAAGCCUGAACCUGAUCUUGCACCAGAACCAGUAACUGAGUCAAAGGUUUCUGAAGAGCCUAUGGCGCCGGUCCCAGAGGUUGAGACUGUAGAACCGGUGACAAACCCAGAAUUGGUGCCUUGUCCUGAGCCUGAAAAGUUAAGUGAAACUAAGCAAGAAGUGGACUCUAUACAUGAACAACUGCCAUCAAAUGAAGUGCCUGACUCCACCGCUCAUGUUGAAGAUAAUGAGAAGAAUGAUGAAACUUUAGGUAAUGAUGACCUGGAUACAAAAUUAGUAGAAACCCAGGCAGCUACUACUGAAUCUGAAGCCACAGAGCAGCCAUCUGCCGAGAAAGUCCCCAAUCAGGAUGCUCCUAUAGCUGAAAAUAACCCAUCCGAACAAGCUACUGAAGAAACGCAGGAAAGUAAAGUCCAGGACACUGUCUCCACAGAGCAGGAAGUAGAUAAGGAAACCCAAGAUGAGGUUAAGGAAGAUAAACCACCAACAGAUCAUGGAAGUCUACAAAAAGAUUGUAAAGAUACAGAAGAGGCUGCCUUGGACACAUCAAAGAAUGUGAAUGACCAAGUUGCCCCUGAAGAUACAGUCGUUGAUGCAACUCAUGAUAACAAUUCUGAAAUUGAAAACCAUGAAAUACCUGCUGAAGAAUUAUCACAUGAACCAUCUGCACCUCUUAUUGUUGAGAAGCAUGGUGUCAGUAAUGGCUUACCUCUGAAAGAAGACGUGAAGGAGCAUCUAGAGAAUGGAUGUGACACAAACCUUCAUGAGCUUAAUGGGCAAAGUGAAGGUCUUGAAAUUGAAUUAUGCAAUGAAUAAAAGCAUGGGUUUUUUGUCCUGGUUCCAAGGUGAAAUGAUGCAAAACCUCCACAACCUGGUAAACUGUAUACAUUGUCUGUGACCAAAUCCUCCAUGAAUAAAUUUUACCAUAUGGAAGCAAAAUAAUAAACACCCUGACCAAACCUUUUAUUAGUGACUCAAACCAUACGAUUCUGCCAAAUUUAUUAUAGCUUAACUUAUUCAUUGAAUCUCCUAAAGGAAAAUAGGAGUGAUAUUUAUAUUCAUGUUUUCUAUUUGAUGUUCCAAAAGGCCAAAUGUGACACAAGUGACCAAUGCCCAUGAAAAAAAAAAUUCUUGUGAGCUUAACCUGAUGUUCAAAAUGUCUUAACGCAUGAACUUCACAAUGUUUUCCACAAAUAAAAUGUCAAAUUUAA